AUGUCUCAUUCAGAAGAGUUCUCAGAAGAAGAAGAAGUAAAUACUAACACAGGAGGCAAUCAAGAAUUGGGAGGAGAAAAAUUGAAUGAAACAAAGCAUGAAAAUCAAAACAUGGUUCAGACUAAUGAGGAGGAAGAACAAAAAGAAGCAGAGGACGAGCAAGAAGUAGAGGACGAACAAGAAGUAGAAGAUGAAGAAGAGGAAGUGUCGGGACAUUUUGGAGCAAUCAAUCUAAAUGUUGAUUUAAACAUUAGUGAUAAUGCAUCUAGAUCUCAGCAAACCAUUAAGGAUAAGCCUGAUAAUGAAAGAAUUGUUGCAAUUGCAUUAGCAAAUCUAGCUGAGGCUGCUGAGAAAGUGAAUCAGGAAGAACAAUAA